GUGGUCGUGAAGGGAAGGUGUGUGUGUGUCGUGCUCUCUACCCUGCCAGCUCUACCCACUUUCCAGUGUGGUGUUCGUGCCAGGAAGCACUAGUGAGUUAAUUUAUUGCCGCUGCGUCUUAGUGUUGCAGGUCCGCCGGGGUGAUGUGUGAGACAGACACCUCCUAAACUAGUUUUAAACCAGGAUGAAAUUAUUCGAUUUUGUAUUUUAAAACAGAAAAAAAGGUUGUCUCCUAGAAACAUUCACAAUUUCACCUCUUUAGCAGACUGGAAAAUACGUUAAAUUCGCGUCUGUCAGUGGAGACAUGCAAGGAAUUUGCCAAUUAAACUGCCUGGGCUGAGACUGUGCUUGGGCCCGCUGGUGUGAGGCGAAGCACAACACAGGACUUGUGGAACUCCCUCAUCGCUUCGCCAAAACAACCACUACCACACAUAUAUAGAUCCGUCGGUCUCCUUCAAGCUGCUACGGCCUCCACUCCCACCUCUCUCUCUCUCUCUCUCUCUCUCUCUCUCUCUCUCUCUCUCUCUCUCUCUCUCUCUCUCUCUCUCUCUCUCUCUUCCUCCCCCUCUCUCUCUCUCUUCACCGUAUCACGGGCGAUUAAGAAAAGCUGCCGUGCAUAACGCUGUUCUCGGAAAAUGGCAUUCCCAGCACAUAGCGUUCCUGAGAUAGCCGAUUAUGUGAGUGUUCGUAGAGGCUGAACGACCACUUAACGCACUGAAAUCAAGCAGAUACAAACAGGACUCUCCAACUGCCGGUAAAUUAACGCAUGAAGGAGCCACUACACUUUACUUCAGCAGAGAUAUAAGAAAAGUAGCAGCGGUGAAUGCAGCAAAGAUAUUUGCUGCCCUUAGGAUGCAUCAGCACGUCCAGUAAUGGAGCAUAGUCACGGGUGUUGCUCUCUGCGGUAGUACUCGAGCUAAGCAAGAAUUUGCACCAAUGCUGCAGGGGUUGUCGAAGAGUGCAGUGCUGCCCUCAACAUCUAGGCAACACUCGGAACACUCCACUAGGCGAAACACCUCCGGUAUUCUUAACAGUGGACUUUCCUGCACUUCUCUGAAAACCUCCAGUGUGAAGACUCCUUCUCCAGAUAUGUUUUGAAAAGCAAGCACUUCAGCGUCACUCCAUACACGACCCAAACAUAGGCUUACCUUCAAGACACACUCAGAAAAACUAUCGCCCAACGUUCCCUUUUUCCCUAAGACUUCUGCACCAUCACCCACCAACCACACCCCCUUCUCAAACACACUCACUUUUCCUCAGUACAUCAGUUGUGCCACUAACAUCUGGGAACACAAACUGUCUCACAGACUCAAGAGAGCCAUCUCACAGACCUCAAGAGAGCAGUCUCACAGACCUCAAGAGAGCAGUCUCACAGACCUCAAGAGAGCAGUCUCACAGACCUCAAGAGAGCAGUCUCACAGACCUCAAGAGAGCAGUCUCACAGACCUCAAGAGAGCCGUCUCACAGACCUCAAGAGAGCUGUGUGAUCAGGGCCACCCAGCUGUGGCCACUUCUCCCAACUCAAGAGCAACUGCACUGCAUGAUCAUCAGGUGGCGCCAUCAAGGAGGAGUCUCCAGUCCCAGCCAGAGAUCAAGUAUUCCUCUUGAAUAUCUGAAGCGCUACACCUGGACACCCACACAAGACUGUCUUACUGUUCCUUAAAAGAACAGGUUAACAAAGGAGACGCCACAUUAUGAGGUAGAUAUUCGUACUGUUUCCAGGCAGCAUCUUCAGUUUUCGGAGAAUAAACGUGAAGAACGUCAGGAUGGCGUGAAUACUAACUAUCUUUACAGCUAUCAUAGUUUUUUUUGUUCUCUCUGGUUCCGAGUGUUAGCUGUCCAAAGUUGUACACAGUGGCAUAUGCAAUACUUCCACUCGGAACAGACAAACUGAGAUCACGUAUAGAGAAAUAUCUGUGUAAACAGCCUCAUGAUAAGGGCAGUGACAAGAACUGAGAAACAGAUAAAUAUGUCUCACAGAAAAACUCCUGACAGAAGCAGGGGAAAUGAAGGUUGGUGCAGGAGGCUGGAGACGGGAAUGGCGAGUACACAAACACACAGACCUUCAGGAGACCCGGCGAGCAUCAUGCCUACACCAGUAGCGUCGAUCCCUGCUAAGUGCGGUCUCGGCGUCUUCACUCUGGUGCUCUUCAACCUGCUAUCAACAGGUGACUGUCACAUCCGCGCCGGUCACGGACCGCACAUGGAUGUUCAUCCACCGACACUGCCACCGCCGCUGCAGCUGGACCCGACACACUCCACCGACGUCACAGCGCUGGCAGAUAAGACUGCCAUCCUCAACUGCCGUGUCCACAACAUAGCGAAUAACACAGUGUCGUGGAUCCGUCACAGGGACAUUCACCUACUGACGGUGGGCAAGUACACCUACACUUCAGACCAGAGGUUCAGAGCCUUGCACGAGGAUGAUUCUGAUGACUGGGUUCUCAAGAUCAACUAUGUCCAGACAAGAGACACUGGCAUGUACGAGUGUCAGAUCUCGACCACACCGCCACUCUCUCACUUCAUCCGCCUCAGCGUCGUCAAGCCGUACACGCACAUCCUGGGCGGGCCAGAUAUGUACAUCAACAAGGGGUCGACCAUCAACCUCACUUGUGUGGUCGAGUUCAGUCCGGAGCCUCCAGACUUUAUCUACUGGAACCACAAUAAUAAAAUCAUCAGCUACGACUCCACCCGCGGGGGCGUCACUGUCAUCAUCGAGAAAGGAGAUGUGACCACAAGUUCGUUGUUGAUCCAGAAGGCGCAGGCGUACGACUCUGGUCGCUACAACUGCAACCCUUCCAACGCUGCUCCUGCUAACGUCACCGUGCAUGUUCUCAAUGGAGAACAUCCGGCAGCGAUGCAGCAUGGAGGGCAGGGUACCUACACUUCCUCCUCCGUCAGGAACAUCCUCACCCUCUUGGCGCUCCUCGUCGGUGUCCACACGCUCCUUCAGUAGCACUUCCCAGCCACUGACAACUCACGGAUACGUGUACACACGGGCGCACACAUGCAGUCGAGUCUCCUAGCCACGCACUCGAGGACGUACACACACUCCUUCACUAGCACUUCCCAGCCACGGACUACUCAUGGACACGUGUAUACGCACGGGUGAAGCUCCGGGGAUCCCUCCAACGCCCUAAGAUACUCCUGCUCCACACCUCCAUCACCCUCCAAAAUACCUCCUCCACCUCUUAGCCUUCCACCCUUUCUUACUAUAACCCUCCACUCUCCACAAAACCCAUUCAAAUUCACCUCUUUAAUCCACCUCUCAUCCUAUCCUCCACUGCACUGUCCGUUGCCCCUCCUCCACCGUCUACCCUACACUGUUGACGGGGAUUACCUGGAGAGAGUUCCGGGGGUCAACGCGCCCAUGACCCGGUCUGUGACCAGGCUUCAUGGGAAAGAAGAAUAACAUAUCUUCUAUAUACACUUCAGCUACACGAGUGAAGUCGAUAAGUACCCUAGAAAAACACACACACACACACACACACACACACACAAAAGGGGCUGUAUCACUCUCCUCACUAUUACGAUCUUACACAGCUUAUAAUUUGAGAAUCUUAGUCAAUGUAUAAUGUAAAUAAUGCGUAAUAGAUGUCUAAUGAAAAACUGAAUGCAUACAAAACUACACAAGCCACGUUACUGUAAACAGGGAAGUGAAAACUUAUUUAAAAAAUAUAAAGUGAAAGAUCAUUGUAAGUGUAUACAAGGCCAUUAGCAUAAACAAAUAUUUAAACAAUGGUUUAUAAACCAGUGUAAGUGCAAGUGGACAUGAAUUUCCAUGCUAAGUGUAAAGCCACAAGUCACUAAGUGUAAAUAAGAACGUAAAACGCAAAGACUUAUUAUGGUCAUUUUAAGUAAAAAAAAAAAUAAAGAUUGAAGAAGACCUCUGUGUUAGUAAACGUGACAGGCCAGUUUAUAUGUCAUCAACAGUGCAAUACGGAAGUUAAGAGGAAAUUCCCCCAGUGUUGACAGGAAGAGGACGUGUAAUAAGAAAUCUCUACAGGAGCAACAAGUUACCUUCCUCUUACAACCGCGGCGGCGAACUGGAUAUAAAUCCAGUACCGUUAUUUGGGACAACUCAUCGCUCUGCAUAAAGCUUUAUGAAGUCAAUAAUUUAAUGAAGCUGUCCACAGAGCGAAACGUUCUGCUAAUUGUUUUUUUUCAGCAAUCCAAUGAGGGCUAAGCACUGGUUGCGCAGUGUAAACGUGUGAAUGACUGCGCCAGUCAGCGGUUGAAGCUGUAAACGCAGGCCAGAACGUAAACAAAAAACCUUGACGAUAAACUUCAAGUCAGAUGAGAAGCCCAGAGUAGCUGACGCCCAGGUUACGUCACUUGAUGACCCAUGACGUUGAUGAUGGUAUUGAUUUGACGACGAUGAUCAUACCGAGUGACUGGUUGGGACGUGUCGCAGCGACACUCAAGCGAGGUCCAAGAGAAUAAUGGUAAAAUUAUACAACAUAGCCAGUUUGUAAUAAUAAUGUAUUAUUUAACCUACAUAGCAUUUAAUAUACCUUUUUAUACUCACUGUUUGAUAAUUCUCACCAGGGAACACAAACACACACACACACACACACACACGCACACACACACACACACACACACGUCUCAGACUGGAAAUAUUUCUUUGAUCUACGUUUAUAUCAUAUCAGAAAAAUGUCAAUACCUACCCCCCCCCCUUUUUUUUUCCUUCUUUUAAUGGAUGAUUUUCAUAAUUAUUUCCCCUCAAUAUAUGUUUGUGUCGUCCGAGCACUAUUGAUAGUUUUAAAUCCAUGGUGUCACUGUUUAUGUCAUUUAGGAUACAGCAAAUUUCGUAAAUCACGAAUUUCACGGGAAAAAAAUGUGAAAAAAUAUUUUAUGGAAAAUAAAACCAUUUUUUUAGUAAAA